AUGCAAUAAUUUUGGGAUUGUGAGUAAUUUAAAACAAAAGAACCAAAUACAUAUCUUAGUUUAGGAAAUUAGUUUGUUAAUGAACUCAAAAUAAACAUUAAAGAAAUUACUAAUCUGCUCUCUAAUAAAAAGUUUGGUUAAUCCAUCAUUUAUCUUAUUGAAAUAAGUUGUUAAAGCAAGUAUAAAUUUACAAUAUUGAUCAAAGGAAAGUUUAUGCAGAAAGGUUAUGUGUAUCUGUGUCAAUAUUAAAAAAUUAUUUAGAUUAAUACUUGGAGUAGUAAGAAGGGUUUGUUUAAGAAAAGGGCAAUUUUUAAAAAGAAUAAUAGAAAUAGGCAGCUACUUUAUUCAUUGAUAUAAUUUCAGUUGCGAAAUUAACCAUUCACGAUUGGUAAAAAUUCAAUCAAUAAGUUUAAUAAAUUGAUAUUUUUUAAAAUGAAAGUAAUUUUAUUAUAUUCUAAAAUUAGUAAAUAAAAUAGCAGAUGUUUACCAAAUUCCAUUUGAAAGAGAGAAUUGUGGAUGUUAAAUUGUUUGA